CCCAUAAAAAAAACAUACAAUUCUCAUAUAUCACUCAUAAAAUCAUUAUACCUAUGAAUGAAAAUAGUUGAAAAGCACAAUGCUGCUGGGAAUAAAAUAUUUCUUAUAACGAUCUGUUCUUAUCAGGGGUAGUGCCAGCCUUCUCCCUGGCCUUAAAAACACAAAACAGUUGUUUAGAGGGUGGGUUUGGUCUUGCAGUAUCCUUCCGGUCUCCUGCAAUACGAUGACAGUACAGUCCUGGCCGUGUUCCCAGAAGGAUCUUGCUUAGAGACAGAUACGUUUGAGAAUUUUAGUGUUACAGACUUGGCAGUGAUGGCGCUCCUUUUGGAGGAGGAAGAGGAGUCUCACAGCAUCACAGAAUUUCACACUUUAUAAAGAAGUGCUUAAUGCAAUGGACCAGCCACAGAUCCAACAAGAGCAGCAGUAGUCGCCUACACAUAUGUAUUAUGUGCAUUAUUGACAGGUAGAAUCUUGAUGGAGGGGAGAGCGUUGGAACACGUCUUGUUGCUGCAAAGUCUGCUGUUCUGACUCAGUUGCCAUACGACAGGUUUUCCAGAGGGGCGGUAGUCACGGUGACGGCUGAGCACUGGCGGCCAUAUACUAUCGUGGCUCCGGGAGGGGAAGGUUGCCAGAGGGUGUCAGGACCCAUGGGAGCCAUACUCGCUGUUCUUGCUCACACACUCAACUUCACGUGCAGGGUGGUGUCGCCGCCAGAUGCUGUUUGGGGUUCCCAGCUGCCUAAUGGUUCCUGGACGGGCAUGAUAGGCCAGGUGGUCCGCCAGCAAGUCGACCUCGGUCUCGGUCCAUUUGGAAUGAUCUACAGCAGGACAAAAGCCGUGGAUUUUUCUACACUUAUUUCUUUCGAAGCUCGAUCGAUUCUAUCCAGGAAAGGCAUCCCUGAAAUCAACCCGUGGGGGUUCCUGUUCCCACUGACGGGGACAGUGUGGAGUACGGUGGCGGCGGCCCUGGCGGUGGUGUGGCUGGCCACACUGCUGGUGGGGCGCCGACCUGGAGCCUCUGUUUCCCUGACCUGGACAGGAGACGUGUUUCUGCAGAACGUGCGGGUCUUCCUUAACCAAGGUCUGACGGGCGUUGUGCUUGGACAAGGCGGGGUGGUAAUGUUGGGGUCGUGGGUGGUGGUGGCGGCCGUGGUGUUCUGGAGCUACACGGGCAACCUCACCUCCUUACUGGCGGUGAGAUACAUUCCACAACCCAUCCAGACUCUGAGGAGUCUACUUGACGAUCCUUCCGUGACUGUCAUCAGGGUUCCUAUGACUUAUUUUGCGGAAAGUAUAUCGAAAAUUGAAUCAGGAGAGUUCCGAGAACUACACGAGCUGGAUAAAGUGGGUCGUGUGAUUUACGAGACUUCAGAUGUAUAUUCAAUGAUUGAAAAUUACGUGCGUCAUGGAGGCUACUCCCUCAUAGAUGCUGUCUUUUCUAUUGAUCUCCUGAUGGCUGACAGCUUCCUCAAAACAAAAACGUGCGACUUUUACAAGUCAAGACAGACGAUGUUCUCUACUGGGACCCACGUGAUCAUGGAAAAGGGCAAUCCCUUGUUGCCAGCCGUCGACCACAGGAUAAGAGCGAUUGUGGAAUCCGGGUUGUUUGAGCACUGGAUGAACAACGAACUCCAUGCAUACCGCAGCAACUGCCAAUUCUCGCCCUCCAUCAUCUUGGUGAGGGAGCCGCUGUCCCUCGCCAACCUCUGGGGGUUGUUCUUAGUGCUCGGGACAGGAAUGCUGUUGGCAGCGAAUGUCUUCUGUCUGGAGCUGAGCGUUCCCCCGAAGCCAACAAGCAAACCAUGAAGAAGCCGUGUAGUUCAACUUGUCCUCCUCGUCCGAGCUGAUGCACCAUCCUGCAGCCUCCACACUUGGCAGUGUUUGGCGCGCACUCCUGUCAUUUUAUCACGUUACUUCGUGCUUACAUUAAUCUUCUCUUCUCAAUAGUCACGUAUUCUCUUUAAAGUUGCAAGCAAAUGUCAGAUAAUCGUUGUCUUGCCUUGGUGACUGGAUAUGAGUUCCCCCCAGCGGUCAACUGCCGAUGUUAGUUGUCAUGACCAUUGUGUACGUUGAAUACGUUGAAUUACGUUAAAUAGAGUAUUCUUCGAGAUACAAUAAUCUAUUUAAAUGUUGAUAUGAUGCAAAAGAGUUGAAUACCAAGGAGUGUUGCAGUGAGACGGAGACUGGUUUCAGUACAGAGGAAGAAAGACGUACCAGUGCCACUGGGUACCACGUACCUGUAUUCACAAGUGUAAACCUUAGCAUCAUAUUGAAGAGUAAGCACAAACGCGGAAGGAUAUAAUUCUCAG